AUGUCAAAGAUUUUUGGAUGGAGCGUAGGCCGGAGUAACACAUUGUUAACUGUUCUUAUUAUAGGGCUGCAGAACCUUUCCUCGAACAUGCUCUGUUAUCGAAAGAAAGGCACUCCCAAGGGCGAGAUUUCCUAUCUUGAGGCAGAGAAGGCCAGGUUGGCUGAGGCUAUCGAAACUGCUGACGCAGCUAAGAAAGGGCUCGAGAAGAAAGUUGAAGGUCUCGAAGGGGAGAGUAUCAGACCGUCUAGCGAGCUUGAACAGGCCAAACCGACCGCACAGACGCGGCUUGAUGAAGUGAAACCUAGUAUCGUUUGGCGGAAGACAAGUGCCUCGCCUCCUGUCCUACCUACGACCAACUCCGACUAG